GAAGCAUUUGUCUGUCCUGUUCUCAGUCACAACUGAUGAUCUCAGAUUUUACCCGCUGAUAUGUCUGUGCAUCAUUCACUAUGGCUGUCUGUCUGCUGUGCAUGUUGUGUGCAGUUGCUGUGAGCAUUUCGGCCAAAGUGAAUCCGGACCUGAUACGAAAAACGGUGCAGAGAUGUUCAUCAGUUCUCAUGCAAUGUCCUUUCUCUUCGGAAUUCAACUAUUCAAAUUUUGUCGCUUACUGGUGGAGAGAAGCUCCACCAGCUCCUCUGAAAAUUGUCUCUGUGCCAUCUGAAGAACUGUUUUCUGCUUCUCUCCGACUCCAGUGCAGGACAUCUGACUUUUACCCAAAAACCUUUAACCUUACUUGGCACAAAAAUGGUGCAAACAUAUUGACAGGAUUUAGGAAUGAACAACAGGCAAAAACCAAGGAUCUUUAUGAAGUCAUCAGCACCUUGGAGUUGAGAGAGGCAGUUGAAAGCGGGACAGUUUACACCUGUCAAGCAUAUCAUGUUUCAAGCUCAUUUCCAGCAAAUGCCAGUUAUACUGUUACUGUCACGAAUAAAGAUUUUGCAUCUAAAAUCAGUGUUACUAUGGCUGCUGGUUGUGCUGCUGGUGCACUUGCAAUUCUAAUAUUGGCCGCGAUGAUCACGAAGGGUUUUCUGUUCUUUAUCACCAAAGGAUGGGGAAAGAAAAAAAUCAAUAAAUCCAACUCAACAUGAAGAUGUGACAAAACAAAGUAUGACAGAUAGCAGGCUGACUUAUCUUGCUCUGAAAUUCAAUGUUUCCGGUACAUCAUCGAAACCCAAGCACCAAGAAAAAAGUCCAGUGUAUGCAGGGGUGAAAAGCAGCCGCUUAAUUGGGCAAAUGAAAAUAUGCUUAAAAGAUAGAAGCAGAGAUUGCAUCACAGAGAUGUUUAUGUUUCUUAUGAAUUUUAAGCUGUUGUUUUCCUCAUGUAAGUCUGUUGUAAAUUUGCAAAACUGUAGAUUAAUUUCUUCCCUUCAUGUAAUGUCACCUGGAUCCACUUCAUUUCAGCUUGAAAAUU